GAUCAAUGCCGUAUAUUGGCAUUUCCAUCCACUUUGUUCUUCGUGGGAGAACGUCUUAUUAACCACACCAUAGCAAACAUCAGUGUGAUUGACAGGGAUACGUGUGAAUAUCGUUGCUACUUGGACCACAACUGCAUCAGUGUUAACUUUUAUUUUGGAGAAAACGGUGCAGAACCACACAACUGUGAACUGAAUAACUCAACGAGUAAAGAGUAUGAUAAAGAUCUGGUGAAAGCAGCGAACUACGUGUACCACGGAACCAAGGUACCAGUCGUUAAAUAGAAAUUGCACUACUUUCUCUUUUUCAAUUCAUCAUACCUAAUAUUCAUGUCUGGAAAACGCCUUUUAUCGAUCAUUUGAUAUUUUUACAUAAAUCUUAGACAAGUGCUGAUGUCGUUACGGAUCUUUAGUACAAAAGUACCAACAAAAAACAAAAGUCCUUUGAGUCCCCUGAGGACACCUAACUCUAUUAAGAAAAGCAGGUUUUUUCUUUAAGUCAUUUCAGAACGUUGGUCACCGGCCUUGAGCAAAUAAUUGAUCGCUGUUUUUCUUGCAAUGAGGAAAGCACAACAAUAAUAAAUGGAAUGGCCUUUCGAAUGCAUUUCUGCAAAAGUUAGUUAAAUUCAAUUGGGUUUCAGGCUUGAAUUGGGUUUAAUAAUCGAAAUAAUUAGAUACAUCUCAUAGCUGAAGAGUGAGUACCACUAUGGAUAUAACGAUACAGUUGAGCUAUGAGCGGGGUUAGUGUGUGCUGUUUUGGGAAAGACAGUUUACUUUAUAAUAGCCUGUCUAAAAAGACGACCUUUCCCGAUUUUUCUGAGUAAUGGGGGUGUCUUCACGGGCUUCAUUUGAAAUUCCUUUCUCCACCAAAUUGUUCUCAGGUUCUCGGCGAAAUUUCGAAGAACACUCUCAAGAUAUUAGACAGUCACUCCUGACAUCCCAUCCAGGGGAGCGACAAUUCUUCUUGUCACCUCUCUCUAUUUAGCUCUCGAAGUUUUGCAAUAUGUCUCAAACAGAAUUUCUCUUUUAACGCCAGUGACGAGUUUUCUUUUUGUUUUUAUUUUUAUUGUUUUUGAAGAAUUUUUGCGCUCAAGCUCCAUGUAAAAAUUACGGCACCUGCCAGUCGGGAUUUACAAGAAAACGAUAUCGAUGUUUAUGUACGUCUGGAUUCACUGGCCACGACUGUGAGGAAGGUGACGCACAAAAUGAUAGAAAUGAAUUUUGCUUUUAAUUUUAACGCAGUGGUCUAUUUCUUCAGAGGGUUCAAGAUUUAGAAUCGGUUGUACUUGUGACACAUAUUUAAUAAGACCCAUUAUAGGGGGAAAGAAGUAUGGGGGCGCAAUUUCAAAUUUCAUGCUCUUUUUCUCAACCCUGGGUAUUGUGUCUUGUUUAGGAUGAACAGGAAAGAACUUGAACCACCUCCCCUAAGUGCUGCAUUCAUUUUCUGUUUCAAAUACUAUCCUGCUUCUUUCAGGUUGCAGUCUCACCCCAGCCUAUGAUAGGCAUUCUGCGCCGGGAAAAAUGGGGCGAAUAAUUUUCCUCUCCGCAGCAGCUCCUCACUCUAAACUGCUGGCAAAUAGCGUAACAAAUCAUAUAAUUUCAAUCAUCGAUGAGUGUGUUCUAAAUUUUCACAAGUGUAGCGAGUAUGCCAGUUCCACCAAUACCGAGGGAUCUUAAAAGUGCCCUUGCAAUCCUGAAUUCGGCGGGAAUGGCGUUAAGGAUAGUAACUGUUAGAUAAAUAUCAAUAAGUUUUUAGAAUGCUUAGUCAUGCUUGCAUGCAUGCCAUGGAACUUUCUAGAACAUUCUAUUAUGUCACGUAGUCAUGAUGUAAUACUACUAAAAUAGUUGUGUUGUGAGCUCCAUGUAUGUUCUAGAAUACUUUGUAAAUGUUUAUAAGGAUUCAUUCGUGUCGUAAUAAUAGUUGCUGCUGUCGAGAGUUACCAAGUUAUUGUGGAAGAUUGUUUAUUUUGAGGAACUUUGGAAACAACUGUGAUAUAGACUGUAGAGGGCUUAAGUGAGGUAUGUUAACAUCGUGUAUCACGAAUUUUUGUACACACUAUUGGGUUCAUUUCAGACAUCGGCGGAGAUGCUGAGAAUACCUCCAACAAUAGCAAUGAAAACGCUAUUUGCGAAAAUUCUGGUGGAUCUUCGAAGUGUAUAUGUAAACCUGGAUUCAGUGGGGAUGGACACAACUGUACAGGUAAUAAAUUUUCUUCAGGCCAUAUCAGUCAUUAAUGAAGGCAGUACAAAUAAUGACCUGAUAUUCUUGUUGUUAUAAUAAUAAAAGAACCCUAAAUAUCUUGGAAGAAGUUGCGCUUGAUGAUCCAGAUAGUGCUUCACUCUUUUUAUUCCAUUGGAUAUACAAUUAUUGUCGGUUAAACUUGAUCAGCAGGCGUUUUUUUUUUCAUUAUUUUUUUAAAUAUCUGUAUAUUUUUUCAUUCUCUCCCCACAAUCAUGAUGGCACAUAUCAUUGAGUUGAUUUCAUUGCAGACAUUGAUGAGUGUGCUCAGAAUACCCACAACUGCAGUAGGGACAAUGCCACUUGUACAAAUACAGAGGGAUUGUUCAACUGCUCUUGUGAUCCUGGAUUCAGCGGGGAUGGACACAACUGUGCAGGUGUGAGAAUUUCUCAAAGUAUGAUUGCUUUCCCGUUUCAGCAAGUAAAACAUACAUAGCCUGACCUUCUUGUCCACAAACAUUUUUAAAGAGCCCUAUUCUUUUUCGUUUCUUCUAGGACACAACAUUUGAUAAACCUAAUUAAGACUUGUGUUUUUUAAUUUUUUUUGACUGAUUAAGUUGUCUUUACUGCAAUUUUUGCAUUAUAUAUUGAAGCCUCCUUACUUGUAUGAGAUUGGAUACAAUCAGUUGGUUUCAUUGCAGACAUCGAUGAAUGCGCUACAAGUACCCACAACUGCAGCAGGGACAAUGCCACUUGUACAAAUACCAAGGGAUCGUUCAGCUGCUCUUGUAGUCCUGGAUUCACCAAAGAUGGACACAACUGUAAAGGUGAUGAAAAUUAUCAAACCAUGGUGUUCUGUAGUAUCAGUACAUUAUACAUUCAGAUCUACUAAUAUAUAAUACGACAUACAUAAUGACCUGAGAUUCUAGACACUGGAUUAACAGGCGUGAAUGUCAUUCCCACAAUGCAAAUUGGAGACCUACCCCAGCCCCAAUUCCCCUUCAGCCCGGUUACUCAUCAUCAUGGUCGUGGUACGUUCUGUUGAUCUCAUAUUAGACAUUGAUAAAUGUACUGGAGAUACCCACAACUGUAACAGAAAUAAUGCUACUUGCACAAAUACCGAGGGAUCGUUCAACUGCUCCUGUAAGCAGGGAUUCACUGGAAAUGGACACAAAUGCGAAGGUAGAAUUCUCGAAACAUCGUAUUAUUAAACCAUCCAAAGCUCCGUCAAUUUUCAUCGGCUCGCUUUUUUGCUUGUUUCCACUGACGGAUAGCCUCACAUACACCUCAUAUUUUUAUAAUUAUCUUUUUGUCAUAAGACAACGUCAAUUUUUUUGGGUUUCUUUGAAAGGAACAACGGUUCCAUGAUCCUAGUGGUAAAUUCCUUUUAUCCAUCGCUUUGCCUGGAUUAACUGCCGCAAUCAUUAUCACCUAGGAUGAAUAUAGUCUCGAGGAUAAAAUCCGUAGGAGGAAAGACCUCAUUUGUUCCUCCAGGGCGCAAAUCAAACGUUUGUUUACUGGACGACUGACUGAUUUCGAUGAUGAUUUUAAAGUUUUCCAUCAAAUCGAGGUAUGUCUCGGGCAAAAAAAAAAAAGCUUGGGUUAACUUUUGGAUAGCCUCCGUUAACGUCAAACUUUCUUAAAGGAUCCUACUCAACCACGCCCCUUUCUUUGUUUACAUACGGGCAAUUGCGGAGAAAGUCGUUCAUACUACAUUCAAUUGCUGGCCCGUCUACACUUUUUACCAGCGGUAUUAAGAAAGGAUUCGCAAAAGGAGAAGCGUUUUGCAGCAACCUUAGAACAAAUCCGACGCGCUCCACAUCUAUUGAAAAUGCAUAGAGCUUGAAAAUACUAUGGAAGGGAAUAUAGGAUACCGGAAAAAGUUCUGGAGAAAUAUAUAACUGGAGUUAUCUGCUCCAGUAGAGAAAGGUCACUCAAAAACAAAUAAAAAAGGACAAAGAAGAAAAUAUUGCUUUAGUUAACCACGAAAACAUACCGAUGCGCAAAUGGCCCCUUAUUCAAACCAACGCACUUAUUCGCAAAGGAAAGUCAUUAAAUGAUAUCUUGGUCAAAACUAAUCUUUAAAGACAGAAGUUUAAAAACGCUUGCGGAUGGUAAGAGUGUCACGAAUCGAGCAGAUUUCUCAAUACUUCAAGUUUUAACUGGUCACUUGCCUCUUGUGACCUACACCUCGCGCGAGACAUCCACGCUUUAAUGGGGCCCAAUCGCUGCAAAUUGGCUAUUACUUAGACCUUCGAUGUUAGGAUCAACCACUCUGUCGUUAAGCAGGCUGUUUUUUUUCAUCUGCUCCGCGGCUUUAGGCUUCCAUGUGGAGAAACGCGAGAUGCCGUGUAGUUGCUGCUGUCGGGAGUUACUAAGUUACUGUGGAAGAUCGUUCACUUCGAGGGACUUUGGAGACAACUGUGAUGUAGGCUGAAGUGGGCUUAAAUCCGGUUUAUUAUUGUACUUCCCUUAGAGACCGCUGCUCAUCAACAACAUUACAGGUUUUUUUACAAAAGUAGUUGAGUUUGUAGGAUUGUAGUUCUAUUUCUGUCGGUUGUGUGAUCUUGUUAAACAGAAAAAUUACACGUGCAUUCCUUACUCCCUAAAAACGCCCAUUAGCCCCAUGUAUAAUUCUAGUCGUGACAAAAAAAAUUCAUAAACUUUCGUUAUAUAUACUCAUCCCUUUCUUAGUGUUACUCCUUAUUGUUGUACCUGAAACACAGUCCUUAUAUGAUUUCAGACAUUGACGAGUGUUCUAAAAACAGCCAUAACUGCAGCUACACAACUGCUACUUGCACCAUAAUACCAAUGGAUCAUUCAAGUGCAUUUGUAAACCUGGAUUCAGUAGUGAUGGACACAACUGCACAGGUACUGAACACUAUUUAGAGCAUGAUAAUUUGUCAUUUCACCACAAUAAAACCUACGCAACUGGCUGAAGAAGAGUCAUUGUAUAUACUAACCUGUUAUUAUUAAGAACAUGAUGGUCAUGUAGCGGAGCCCUGUCUCCCCUUUUCCCAUUCAGCUAAGGUAUUCAUAAUCAUGAUCAUGAGCACGGUGUGUUGAUUCCGAUUCAGACAUCGAUGAAUGUGUUAACAAUACCCACAACUGCAGCAGGGAUAAUGCCACUUGUACAAAGACCGCGGGAUCGUUCAACUGUUCUUGUAAUUCUAGAUUUAUUGGAGAUGGACACAUCUGCCAGGGUAAAAUCUUACACAUCACAUCUUACGCCACCUAGCCUUUAUGACGUUUGCAGAACCGCAGACGUUUGACCAUUGUGUUAACAUUGUGUAUCACGAAUUUCUGUACACACCAUUGGGUUCAUUUCAGACAUCGGCGGAGAUGCUGAGAAUACGUCCAACAGUAGCAGUGAAAACGCUAUUUGCGAAAAUUCCGAUGGAUCUUCGAGGUGCAUAUGUAAACCUGGAUUCAGUGGAGAUAGACACAACUGUACAGAUAAUAAAUUUUCUUCAGGCCAAACCAGUCAUUAAUGAAGGCAGUAAAAAUAAUGAUCUGAUAUUCUUGUUGUUAUGACGAUAAAAGAACCCUAAAUAUCUUGGUAGAAGUCGCGUUUGAUGAUCCAGAUAAUACUUUACUCUUUUUAUUCCAUUAGAUAUACAACUAUUGUCAGUUAAACUUGAUCAGCGGGCGUUGUUGUCGUUUUGACCAGUUUUUUAUUUCAUUAUUUUAAUUUUGAUAUAUAUAUACAUAUAUAUAUAUAUAUAUAUAUUUUUUUUUUUUUUUUUUUUUUCACUCUCUCCCCACAAUCAUGGUGGCAGUCAUCAUUGUGUUGAUUUCAUUGCAGACAUUGAUGAGUGUGCUCAGAAUACCCACAACUGCAGUAGGGACAAUGCCACUUGUACAAAUACAGAGGGAUUGUUCAACUGCUCUUGUGAUCCUGGAUUCAGCGGGGAUGGACACAACUGUGCAGGUGUGAGAAUUUCUCAAAGUACGAUUGCUUUCCCGUUUCAGCGAGUAAAACGUACAUGGCCUGACCUUCUUGUCCAGAAAAAUUUGAAAAACAGCCCUACUCUUUUCCUUUUCUAUCAAGAUACAACAUUUGAUUAACCUAAUUAAGACAUACCCUGACAAAAUUUUUUUGACUGAUUAAGUUGUCUUUACUGCAAGUUUUACAUUGUAUAUCGAAGCCUCCUUACUUGUAUGAGAUUGAGUACAAUCAGUUGAGUUCAUUGCAGACAUCGAUGAAUGCGCUACAAGUAGCCACAACUGCAGCAGGGACAAUGCGACUUGUACAAAUACCAAUGGAUCGUUCAACUGCUUUUGUAGUCCUGGAUUCACCGGCGAUGGACACAACUGUAAAGGUAAUGAAAGUUAUCAAACCAUGGUGUUCUGUAAUAUCAGCACACAAAAAAAUUCAGAUCUGCUGACAUAAAAUAGGACAUGCUCAAUGACCUGAGAUUCUAGACACUGGACCAACAGGCGCGACUGUCAUUUUCACGAUGCAAAUUGGAGACCCACCCUAGCCCCUAUUCCCCUUUUGCCCGGCUACUCAUUAUCAUGAUCAUUGUACGUUCUGUUGAUGUUAUUUUAGACAUCGAUGAAUGUAGGCGCAAGAAUUUGUACUAUCAUUUUUUGUUAGUGUUGGUGUUUCAUAGUUUCGUGUUAGGUGUUUAUUUUCUCGUCUUCCAUUAGUGUCCUUUGUCAGUUACCAGUUUUGUAGUUGUUAUAUUUAUUUGCAUAUCGUAUAUAUAUUGGUUGCGCGUAAUUUAUUUGGUUAGUUGUCUAGUUUGUGAAAAUUACCGUUACAUAUCUAGCUCUGGGUUUCAUGUUUUCGUCUUUGGUUUGGUCACAUUCGUCUUGUAAGUAUCCUUGUUUAUUUCUCUUUGUCGUUUUCCAGUACUUUCACUCAUACGAUGUAAGUUAUUUUAUGCUCAUUCGCGUGAUUGUAAUUUUGUCAUUUUCAGUUACCGUAUUCAACAAUGUGUCAAGUUUGUUCUAGUAAAGUUUGAAAUACGAGUGAUUAGCGUUUGCGGCUAUAAUGAAUGCACUGUAGAUACCCACAACUGUAGCAGAAACAGUGCUACAUGCACAAAUACCGAGGGAUCACUCAACUGCUACUGUAAGCAGGGAUUCACUAGAAAUGGACACAAAUGCCAAGAAAGAAUUCUCGAAAUAUCGUAUUAUCUAACAACAUUCUAUGUGUGAAUCUUCUCGAAGCUCCGUGAAUUUUAAUCGGCUUACUUCUUUGCUUGUUUCCACUGACAAAUAGCCUGGCAUAUCCUUUAUAUGCACUUAUCUUUUCGUCAUAGAAUAAGUUCAAAUUUUUAGGUUUCUUCGCUAGGAACAUAAGUUCUAUGAUCCUAGUUCCAAUAUACCUUUACCCGCCGCUUUGUCUGGAUUAACUGCCGCAAUUGUUAUCACUUAUAAUGAAUGUAGUCCUGGGGAUAAAACCCGUAGAGGAGAGACCUCAUUUGUUCCUUGAGGAAUUUUGAUGUUUAUUUGAAAGUUGUCCAUCAAAUCGAGAUAUGUCUCGUCAGCUUUUGGAUAGCCUAUGUUAACGUCAAACUUUCUCAUAGGAUCCAAGUCGACCACACCUCUGUCUUUGUUUACAUACGGGCAACUGCGGAAAAAAUCGUUCAUAUUACAUUCAAUUGCUGGCCCGUCAACCCUUUUUACUGGGUUGAAGAAAGGAUGUAACCUGCACCUCGCUCAAAGCAUAUCCACGCUUUAAUGCAGCACAAUCUCUGGAAAUUGGGUAUUACUUAGACCUUCGAUGUUAGAACCAACCUGCCUGAUAUUCUACAGAUUGAAUUUAUUCGUUUGCUUCGCGGCUUUAGGUCUUCCACGAGAAAAAACGCGAGAUGUCAUUGACGGUUACAACAAAAAUUUCUCAAGAAAAUUGCAAGAAACCACAAAAGUAACUACCCGGAAUAAGCCACUGAUAAAUUCAGAAGAAAUUUCAUGAAUUUAGAUGAUAUAGAAAAUGGCGGACUAAGCGCGCAAUGAUAAGUAGUUGUUAGGUGCCUUUGAGAUCAAUCCGUCAUAGAUCAGAGUCCCACCCCACAGCUCGAUAGUUAUUCCCAAUUAUGGUCAUGGUAACAUUCUAUUAAAUUCAUUUCAGAUAUCGAUGAGUGUGCUGAAGAUAUCCACAGCUGUAACAAGUACAAUGCCAUAUGUUCAAAUACUGAGGGAUCGUUCAAAUGCUCUUGUGAGCUGGAAUUCAUUUGGAAUGGACACAGCUGUCGAGGUAAAAUCCUAGACAACGAACACUAA